AUGAAGCGCCUCAUGCACCUUCUUGCUGCUCUGCUGCUUAGCUUCGCUGUUAAUGCACUUCCUCAUGAUGCAGACAAUCAUGCAGAGAAGCGCGACCUUGCUACUUUGAGUGAUGCAGAAGCUGGAAACGUGAUCGUUUGGGUAGACCAGGAUGGGCAUGUUCUUGACAAUGAUUUAGUGGACAAUACUUUGGCCCCAACUGCAACUGGAAACGAUUCGCCUACAGAACUUCCACCUCUGUUACCGGUUCUCGACGACGAGGUGCCCUCCCUACUCUCUCCCGCCCUCCCGGUUCCUGAGCCGAGCAACAAUCUGCAAACCGGCAAUGAUCGUCGCUUUGGCAUUUCAUACUCUCCGUAUAACGAUGAUGGCACCUGCAAGACCCAAGACCAGGUUAACAAAGACUUGGACAAGCUCACACAAUAUGCGUUUGUACGAAUAUACGGCAUAGACUGUGACCAGACGAAGAAGGUGACCACGGCAGCCCGGCAACGCAAUUUGAAAGUUUUCGCCGGCGUCUUCGACCUACAGAACUUCCCCGCCAGUCUUGACUAUAUCACCGGGGCCGCUGCCGGCGACUGGUCUGUCUUCCACACAAUCACAAUCGGCAACGAACUGGUUAACAAGGGCCAGAAUUCGGUUGCCGAUGUGAUCAAUGCGGUGAAUACCGCACGUAAAAAGCUCCGUGCUGCAGGCUACAAAGGCUCCGUGGUGACUGUUGAUACCUUUUCAGUGAUGCUACAACACCCCGAGCUUUGCGUGGUAUCCGAUUACUGCGCCGCCAAUUGCCAUGCUUUCUUCGACGCGAACAACACUCCUGACCAAGCCGGUCAGUAUGUUAAGAAUCAAGCCACACAGAUCUCUAAAGCUGCCCGUGGCAAGAAAACACUCAUCACUGAGUCUGGAUGGCCACAUGCUGGCCAGGCCAAUGGCAAGGCGGUGCCGUCGCCGGAGAACCAGCAAAAGGCUCUUGCGAGUCUAAAACAGACUUUCUCCGGGUCGGAUCAACUGGUUCUCUUCACAGCCUUUGACGAUCUGUGGAAGCAAGACUCCAGCGGUACCUACGGAGCGGAGAAAUACUGGGGCAUCGAUAAACACUGA